AAAAAAAAAAGGGGGGGUCUUGGAGUAUAUGUUACUUGGUUCUUGUAUCUUGAUGUUUAAUCUUGGAGCAGUUGGGUGAGCAUCACGUGCUUCUGCUUUGUGCUUGUGCUGUGAAACGAAAGAAGUCGGUGGCGCCGCUGCUCGUCUCAGAAAUCCAGAAUCCCUUGUCGGGGGCGGCCUCUUCUGGCUGCGGUGGUGCGUGGUGCGUGGUGCGCUUGUCGCAGGUCCAAGCGCCAGAUUUACCAGCCCUCGUCAGCUUUGCACUUCCAACCUCCGUUUCCAUCUAUCUUUCACCCCCAUCAGCACCCCAGAAUUCUCAACCUGAUCCAACACUUGCUCUCUUCGCACUCACUCUGAUCAAUCGGCUGCUAUCCACAUCUUGCCGUCCCUGACAUCCCUAUCAUCGGCGUCUCUCCUUUUCCAACUUCGCAUCCUCCGUCUCCGACAUAAGCUUUACCAAAAUGGCCUCAGAAGCACCCUAUGAUCCCUAUAUACCUGCUGGCGGACAAGGUGGCGCACAGCCAGCCAGCAACCAGAGAACAGCUGCCUUGCAAGCGCAAAUCGAUGAUACCGUCGGUGUCAUGCGUGAAAACAUCAACAAGGUGUCACAGAGAGGCGAGCGACUAGACUCGCUGCAAGAUAAAACCGACAACCUUGCCGUCUCUGCACAGGGUUUCCGCAGAGGUGCCAACCGGGUCCGGAAACAGAUGUGGUGGAAGGACAUGAAGAUGCGCAUGUGUUUGAUCGUCGGCAUCAUUGUGCUGCUCAUUGUCAUUAUUGUCCCAGCUGUGGUCGCCACCCGAUAAAUGCGGUACCUCCGUUGAAUGAGACCUCAAUUCUUUUUACUUGGAACAUUACGACAGCACAGUCUUCCCAACGUUGGAGGAAACACUUGAAAGCGAGAACAACAGCGAAUGCGAAAGCGUGAUGAGAGCUCUUUUCUGAACCUUGCUCGAGAGCGCUUACGGCUGGACGAUGGAUGGGAUGGGAUGGGGCUAACUCCUGUUACAAUAAUGCACACUGGGCUUUUCCCCUUGCCAAUUGGGCGUUCAAUAAAAUGGAUUCUGCCUUCGA